GUGACGUAAAGGAAUGCGCGCAGUGUCGCAGAAAAAACAGGCGAAACCUGGCAGAAAGGAGGAGAGCCUGGUGUUGGAGAGCCUGGCUGAAAGGGAGCCCAGAGGCUGGUGUUGGAGAGCCUCCCAGGUUGCGAAGGGGAGAAAGUGUUCCGUGUGGGUACUGUUUUAGCGGCUUGCUCAGGCCGCGGUUCAGAUAUAUCUCGUCGCUGCGGACAGGCACGAUGGCAUGUGGAGCAACCCUGAAGCGCUCCAUGGAGUUUGAGGCCCUGCAUGGUCCUCAGUCUCCAAAACGACGGAGGUGCCACAUGCUGCCCGGAUCGUCGGGCGCUCCGGCACCGCAGCGCUGUCAUCUCCGACCUACUGAGACCCAGCCGCCCGCGGGGGAGCACAGGCUCAGCCCAGAGCAGAUCUUUCAGAACAUACGGGAGGAAUACAGCCGCUACCAGCGCCGUUGCCAGACGGAGGGGGGCGUGGCCCCAAGUGAUGAGCGGAGCACCAGCCCUGCUCUUAGCUCCGCCCCCAGCUCACCAACAGGUGUGUGUGUGAAGAGAGACCAGCCGUCAUUCACCAUGCAGCAGGUGAGCUGCCUGUGUGAGCGUUUGCUGCGGGAGUUUGAUGAGGCUCUGAGGGAGGAGUACGAUCGUGUGCUCAACAGUAAACUGGCAGAGCAGUACGAGUCGUUUGUGAAGUUCACUCAGGAUCAGAUUGCGCGGAGAUAUGGAGCUCGGCCAGCCAGCUAUGUUUCGUGAAGCUUCAAUCCAGAUCUCUAAACUGUCGUGGCGUUGAUGUGCCUACACCUGUUUCCCAGUUCACCGUGUGCCAUGACAGUCCUACGUUCAUACAUCCUUAUUCACAUUUUAUUUUUCUAGUUAUCUCCGUUUGCUUUUAUCUUUCCUCUGAAGUCUUGAGUGUGUGUGUGUAUAGUGUUGUGUGAAACUGCUAUUUUCAGAAAAACGGACUGGCUGGUAAUUGUGGUAAUCUGGAUAACUUCCCCUCUGGAUUACCACAGAUAUCUGAUCUAGACUCACCUUCACUGCUGGGCUGCAGUUUCCUGGGAUCUACAGGGCUCUGGUUGAGUUGCGUCUAGGGCACAUCAGCUGUUGAGACCAGGCUCAACCAUGCAUACUUGAAUUGUAGUUGUCUGUGCUGGGUCUCCCGCUCUUUACCCAUAAAUAAAAGUCUGUUUGAGUUGUUCCCAUUUUAAGAUAGUAAUGAACUGAUCAUACUGUAGUUUGGGGUUAUUACUCAACAGCAGCCUUAUCUGAGGACUACUUCUCCAAAGUAGUCUGAGUGAGAUUAGUUUGUUGUUAAAAACUUUGGGCUGCUUGCACUUUAAUGAUCAACCCCAUUUCUUCAAGAACGAGUUUCUUUUUUCCUUCCUUUUCUGCUGACUGAGGGCUGCACACAGUAGCUACAUGUUUAAACUCUGCACCAGCGUGUCAAACAUGCUUUUCUUCCUUCUGAUGAUGGAACACUUGGAACAUUUGGGAUUUUCCAGAAUUUGAACUCUUGAUGUCAGCAGCUCCAGAGCAGGUCCUGUCCUGCUGUAUGGCUAGUGAAAUGGCACUUGGACAGAUGGCCUGUUUGGAUUGGCCAGUGUGGUUUAGCCCUUAGUUUGUCUAGGGAGCAAAGCUGAGUGGCUGCCUGUGAAAAUCCUGUGAUCUACACGUAAUACGUGAAAAAGUGUUUCUGGGAAAUGACCUGUGCAUGGAACCUUGUAUACUCUGACUGCAGUUGACGUUUACUAAACAAACAUUGCAUUGCAUUGGUGGCAGGCAUAGUGGAUAUUGCUUUGUGUGUGUGCGCGAGUUGCUCUGACAUGCUAAUGAACUGUUCAGUGCCUCAGGCAGGGAUACCCACUGAGGGUCUGGAAUUGACUCCACCUGGCCAAAGCUGCUCAAGUGUUCAGCUGGUAAUGAAAGAAGGGGACAUCUGAUGGCGAGGUGUUGAAACACGUGUGUUUGGAGGUGGAGUGUGCAUAAGCUGACUGAUCGAUGUGUCCACCUGCUUUAUUAAGCACUGGGUGAUGUGUUCAUGUCUUGAUGGUUCAGUGAGGAUUGGAAAGGUA